UUUUGCAGCGCCCACAGUCGCGUCCCUGAUCUUCUGCAGCCGAAAUCCGUGGGCGUUGCACCAACCCCGCCAACGCAUAGCAAAGACAACCCACCAAGGACACGGGAGCGACCAACCGGAAGCCGCAGAGCAUACGAAUCAUCACUUCUGGCAAGAGGAUAGGAGCAUGUUCCCGCACUUAAAGGGCCAUGGACAGCGGGUCAACCUGCAGUUGCUGCAGGAGGCCGCCUGCCGCGAGCUGGUGCAGCAGCUGGAGCGCAUCGAGGGUUCCAAGGUGAUUGUGCUGGACGAGGCCAUGAUCGGACCGCUGGACUUGGUUACCCGGCCAAAGCUAUUCGCUGAUAGAGGCAUCCGUCUGCUGGCCCUCAAGCCGGAACUCCACCUGCCGCGCGAGGUGGCCAAUGUGGUGUACGUGGUGCGCCCACGCGUGGCGCUGAUGGAGCAGCUCGCCAGUCACGUAAAGGCAGGCGGACGAGCGGCCGCUGGACGGCAGUACCACAUCCUGUUCGCUCCGAGGCGUUCAUGCCUGUGCAUCAGCCAAUUGGAGGUCAGCGGCGUGUUGGGCAGCUUCGGAAACAUCGAGGAACUGGCCUGGAACUAUCUGCCGCUGGACGUCGACCUGGUGUCCAUGGAGAUGCCCAACGCCUUCCGCGACGUAUGCGUGGACGGUGACACUAGUUCGCUGUAUCAGGCGGCAGUAGGCCUGGUGCAGCUUCAGCGGCUCUACGGCCGCAUUCCCAAGAUCUACGGAAAGGGAGAGUUUGCACACAGGGUAUGGGAGAACGCCAAACAGCUGGGCCGGGAUGAGCGAACUCUGUACAACGGCGACAAGGGCGUCGUCGAUCAGCUAAUCCUCCUGGACAGGAGCAUCGACCUGCUCAGCCCGCUGGCCACACAACUGACCUACGAGGGGCUUAUCGAUGAGUUUUACGGCAUCCGGCAGAACAAACUGACGCUGCCCGCCGAGAACUUUCCCUCUGACGGAGCCCUCCCUGGAGGCGGAGGCAGUGGCCCACGAGUCGAGGAAUCGCAGUCGUUGCUGGGCGACUCCGAGAAAAAGACCAUCCUUCUCCACUCCGGCGAGCAGUUGUACGCGGAGCUGCGCAACAAGCACUUCAAUGAGGUCACCAAGCUGCUCGCUCGAAAGGCACGAGAAAUUCACGUUCAGAUGCACGCCACCUCCCAGGACAAGAGCGUGCAGGAGAUCAAGAGCUUCGUCGAGAACCUGCUGCCGCAGCUAAUGGCCCAGAAGAAGGCCACCUCGGAGCACACGGCCAUCGCUGGCCUCCUGCACGAACAGGUGAACGCGGUGCGCUUCGCUGACGACCUGGCCGCCGAGCAGGAGUUCAUGGUCUGCGCAGAUAUCGACAAGCCGAGCGCCUACAUUGAGGACCUGAUUGCCUGCAAGGUGGAGUUGAAUCGCGUCCUGCGGCUCAUCUGCCUGCAGUGCAACGCCGCCUCCGGGUUCAAGGAGAAGCUGCUAAACCACUACAAGCGCGAACUGGUCCAUGUCUACGGUCUUGAAGUGCUACUCACCAUCAGCAACCUGGAGAAAUCGGGCCUGCUCCACCUGCAAACGGAGUCGCGGGCUUAUAGCGUUCUGCGAAAGACGCUGCACCUCACGGUGGACGACAAUGUCGAAAUUGAGCCAAAGGACAUCAGCUACGUGCACAGCUUUUACGCUCCGCUGACCGCUCGCCUGGUGGAGCACUCCCUCAAACCGCUGGGAUGGCAGUCGCUCAAGAGCCAGAUCAACAACCUGCCCGGGCCGACGUUCGAGGACUUCCAGGCGCAGCUGGUGGGCAUCGGUGGACGGCACACUGUCACCACAGUCAGCGAGGGAUCGCUGCUGAAUGUGCCGCGAGUGGUGCUCGUCUGCUUUGUGGGCGGAUGCACGUUCGCCGAAAUUGCUGCGCUGCGUUUCCUAGCCGCCCAGGAGGACAACAACGUGGAGUUCCUGAUUGCCACCACGAAGGUCGUCAACAAACACUCCUUCCUGGACAGCCUGAUGAGCUCGUGAGGGCGGCGGCUAAGCCGACUGGAAGCCCAUCGCCUGUCCAACGCCCACGGCCUGGCACGUGGAUGAAACGCGUCCGUUCCGCUGAAGCCGAGAUCAAAAAGAAAGGGCAAGCGGCGCAGCGCGGCAAUCGGGAAUGCGGAUCAGAAUCCAGGGUGCUAGGGACGUUGGGAAUAGCUCGAUUACUAAGGAUUCGCCGGCACCCGGAAACCAUAAAAUAUUUAUUUUUCGAUCGCGGCAUUUAUUCGUGUACUCUAUAUAUCGUUAAAGAAGCCUGUAUAUAGAUACAAGCAUAUAUUUAUGUAUACCGAAGUAUGUAGUCUUAAGCGAAAAAUUCCAAAUCCAAUUUAUUCAAGCUUGGCAAUUGUAGGUUUAAGUGCAAAUAAUUCCAACUUACAAUCAUACUUGUGCAAGACAAAUAUUUUCAUAAUAAAGUGUUUAGUCAAUGUUAUGCUACAUUCUCCAGCGACAUAUACAGA